UGGGGGGGGGGGGGGUUGUGGAUUGUUUGGUGUCAUGUGGUUGCAUCCCAUUGUUCUAUUGUGUGUCUUGCUUGGGAGCAAACUAUUAUUGGAUGUAUGUGUUUAUUUGUAUUGGCUUGGUAGGGGGUGUCUCCAGCAGCCCUCCCUCCUGAUGGGAUUGUCUGUUGGUGUAUCUCUUUUGUAUAUAUCUUGUAUCUGUGUUCAAAUAAAACUAGUCUACCUCCUGGUUUACUUCAAGACUGGUGUCGUCUAGUCUUGUAUGGUCUCUGUGGUGUCAGUGGUCGGUGUUCGGACAGAUUGGUGUCGUCUAGUCUUGUAUGGUCGGCUGUGGUGUCGGUGGUC